AUGCCGGUUGUUCAACCAUCCAGCGCAUUCAUCACUGAAACUCUCGCCCAAUAUACUCCCCGCGCGGCGACGUACGAUGUCUCCAACGGCGGGUGGCACGUCGAAAUAGGUCGCGACUACGUUGCCUGGCUUCCACCGCCGAAAGGAGGGGCGAUUCUCGACCUGGCGUGCGGAACAGGCCUUGUCUCCCUGCCGUAUGCUGAGGCUGUGGGUCCGGACGGGAUUGUCGUCGGCGUCGAUGUUACUGAGGCGAUGCUCAACGAGGCGAAACGGAAACCUCUUGCCAAGGGCAGCGGAGAGGUACAUUGGGUUCUCGGGGACAUCAUGGACGUUUCUUCCCUCGAUGCCGUGCAAGACGUGGUCAGAUUAAGGGUCGGAUUCGACAUCAUCUCGUGUUGUUCGGCAUUUGUGCUGCUCGAGAAUCCCGCAAAGGCCCUGGACGACUGGGUGGCGUUGCUGAAGCCCGGGACAGGGAGAUUGAUCCUUGAUGUCCCUACCGAGGACCGUACGUUGCAAUACCUUCUCAACUACCCGCUUCGGCGUGCGCUGGGGAAGGCCAUGACAUAUGAUUUCGACUGGAUUAAAGACAUUCAUACUGUGGAGAAAAUGUUUGAAGAAGCCAACCUGGAGGUUGUGAAAUCUUUUCGCACGAGAAGUUAUACGCCGGAGAGAUGGUACGACGCUGGCCAGGCUGCAGAGGUUUUUGAACAGAAGACGAGGGAAAGCGGCUUGUGGAAAGGCGUCAUCGAAGACUGGAAGAGCGAAGACGGUCCUGCAGGCGUUGACAAGAUCAAGGAACUGUGGGCUCAGAUAUGGAAGGAGAAUCUCAACGAGGAGGGGAAGCUGUGGGAUGGACAUGCACUCUAUGUUACAGUUGGAAGGAGGAGAGAGUAG